UAAGGGGAGCUGCAUCAGUUAGCGGUGUCUCAUUUGGACCUACGACCAGGCUCAUUAUGGAAACCGAGAGGUGAAGGGCAACAGAGAACAGUUGAUCUCCUCUAUCAGCAUUUGGACCUCAUAAAAGACAGUUUCUAUCAAACCUUGCUUGUUUGUGUGCUGGGUCACCAAGGAGAUCCUGACUGGAUCUUCUGGAGUUUGCUUCACAUGGAUCCCAACAUCCAAAGUACUUUCCUGUUCAACAACAGCCUUAACCAGUUUACCGCCGAGCUCAAGGCGCCAGUAUGCCAGUAUUCGGUGCCAAACGCUUUCUACAAACUCAACACGGGCCAGCUGCCGCCAGGGACACCUCAUGGCAUCAGUGACAUUCUCAGCCGAUCCAUGAUGGGUGUGGGCUCCACGGGUACGGGGAACACCCUAAUCUCUGGCUACUCAACCGUGAGUGGCUUUGGCCCACCCGUUUCUAGCACAUCCAUGUAUUACAACCGAGACUACGGCUCCACUUUGAGCAGUUUGACCAAGACUGGCGCCGAGUGCCCCGUGAAGGGUCGCGCCAUGAGCUGCUGGGCCGAGAGCGGAUGCGACUGGAGAGGAAGCAAGCAGCAGUGUGCUAACAGUGGUCACCUGGCCGAGAUAUCAGGCCGGAAGAAGCACACCAGGCCGACCUUUAGUGGUCAUCAGAUAUUUGCUUUGGAGAAGACCUUUGAGCAAACCAAGUACUUGGCCGGACCUGAACGGGCCAGACUGGCUUAUUCUCUGGGCAUGACUGAAUCUCAAGUUAAGGUUUGGUUUCAAAACCGUCGUACAAAGUGGAGGAAGAAGAGCGCGACUGAGCCGAGUUCCACUCAGCCCCAGGCUGGGCACCCCGGGGAGGCCUCGGACAACGAAGUGGAGGAUGAGGAGUACAACAAGCCCCUCGACCCGGAUUCUGACGACGAUAAGAUCCGGUUACUCCUGCGCAAGCACCGUCGAGCUUUCUCAGUCCUGCGCCUCGGGCCUCACCAUGUGUGAAGGCGAUGCAUGCUCGCACACAUUCACAUGUACCUGCAUGUCAAGCAGUUAUUUGUGUGCAAAAUCUAGAAUGAAUAAGCAUGCACAUGGAGGUCCUCUGAAGACAUCCGCACCCAAAAAUGCUACAAAAACAUAGACUGGAUUUUAUUUGCAACUUUUCCAUAUUAUGCGAAAAGACUUGUUUUCAGGAUAAAGCAACAUGAAACACUUUACAAGAAAUGAGCUUGUUAUUUAUUAUGGUUGUCGUCCAAAACCUUUAGGACAAUUUACCAAGAGCGACAAGAGCUGUAUUAAAAUACUGCCUUUGCAAAAAUAUCUGAUAUUGCAACAAAAAGUUAUUACUGAUAGGUUGUAAAUGUUUUGUAUAUUUCUUUUUUUUUUUUUUUUUUUUU